AUUAAAAAAACUCAACUCAUAAAGCUAAAAUCUUAUAAGAGAAUUACUCGUAACAAGUCUGAGAAUUCUAGUUAUAAAAUGAACAUAGAACUUUAACAAAAAAGUGAAAGUCACUGAAAAAGAAAAGUUAAUUUGAAAAAAAAAUAUUAAAGAAAAUUUCGUGUGAAAUUUAAGAAAAAGUUUAAAUCAAAAUUUAUUUGAAAAUUACAAGAAAGAAUACAAAAAUCAAUUAAAGAUGCCUCAAUUAAUUGAAAAAGCCUACACACCAUUCCAAAAGCCAGUUGUUGGUCACUAUUUAUCAUCAACAGCUACAACAACAACUCCAAGCAAAUUUAAUAACAUUCGUGGUUAUAAUGUCGUUAAUGGUGACAUCAGCAAGCUCCCAUUGAAAGUCAAAACCUUCAUUGAAGAAUCUGUCGUCUUGUGUCAACCAGAUCGUGUCCAUAUCUGUGACGGAAGUGAAAUUGAAAAUGAAAUCCUCAUCAAGUCAUUGUUGGAAGCAAAGACUAUCAUUCCAUUGCCUAAAUACGAAAAUUGCUACUUGGCUCGCACCAAUCCAGCUGAUGUUGCUCGUGUUGAAAGCAAGACUUUCAUCUGUACUGAACUUCGUGAGCAAGCUGUCUGUACUCCACGUGCUGGAGUUCAAGGAGCUUUGGGUAACUGGAUUAGUCCAAAAGAUUAUGAUGAUGCAAUCAUGAAGAGAUUCCCUGGAUGCAUGAAGGGUCGUACAAUGUAUGUUGUUCCAUUCUCAAUGGGUCCAAUUGGCUCACCACUCAGCAAAGUUGGAAUUGAAAUCACUGAUUCACAAUAUGUUGUUUGCUCAAUGAGAAUCAUGACAAGAAUGGGCGCACUUGUUAUGGAUGAAAUUAUCAACAAAAGUGCUGAUUUCGUUCGUUGCCUUCACUCAGUUGGUACACCAGAAAGUGGAAAAUUGGCUAUGGAAUCAUGGCCAUGUGAUCCAGAUCGUGUUAUCAUCCUCCACAAGCCAGACAAUAAUGAAAUCGUCUCAUACGGAAGUGCUUAUGGUGGUAAUGCAAUUUUGGGAAAGAAAUGCUUUGCAUUGAGAAUUGGAAGUACCAUUGCACAACGUGAAGGAUGGUUGGCUGAACACAUGUUGAUUCUCGGUGUUACUUGUCCAAAUGGAACUAAAAAAUAUAUUGCUGCUGCAUUCCCAUCAGCUUGUGGCAAAACGAAUCUCGCUAUGAUGACACCAACUUUACCCGGCUAUACACUCGAAUGUGUUGGUGAUGACAUUGCAUGGAUGAAAUUUGAUGCAAAUGGUCAACUUCGUGCUAUUAAUCCAGAAAAUGGAUUCUUUGGUGUUGCUCCAGGUACAUCAGCUGAAACGAAUCCAAAUGCUAUGGCAGCUUGUACCAAAAAUACAAUUUUCACAAAUGUCGCUUACACAUCAGAUGGUGGAGUCUUCUGGGAAGGUCUUGAGGACACAAUCGAACCAGGUGUCACAAUCACCGAUUGGUUAGGAAAUCCAUGGGAACUUGGUGUUAGCAAAACACCAGCUGCACAUCCAAAUUCACGUUUCUGUGCUCCAGCUGGCAACUGUCCAAUCAUUGAUGAAAAGUGGGAAGAUCCCGAGGGAGUUCCAAUCUCAGCUAUCCUUUUCGGAGGACGUAGACCACAAGGUGUUCCACUCAUUUAUGAAGCUUUGAAUUGGCAACAUGGUGUCUUUAUUGGAUCAGCAAUGAGAUCAGAAUCUACAGCUGCUGCUGAACACAAAGCAAAGGUCAUCAUGCACGAUCCAAUGGCAAUGAGACCAUUCUUCGGUUACAAUUUCGGUAACUACCUUAAGCAUUGGCUCGAGAUGGAAGAGCAAUGUGAUAAACUCGGUGGAGUUAUGCCAAAGAUCUUCCAUGUUAACUGGUUCCGUAAAGAUAAGAAUGGCAAAUUCUUAUGGCCAGGAUAUGGAGAAAAUUCAAGAGUUAUCGACUGGGUUCUUAAACGUAUUGAUGGAUAUCACUGCUAUCAAGAAACACCAAUCGGCCUUAUUCCAACACCAGAAUCACUUAAACUUGACAACCUCAAAUCACAGCUUAAUUUGAAAGAACUCUUUUUAAUAGAACGCGAGUUUUGGCUCAAAGAAGCUGACGAGAUUCAAACAUACUUCGACAACCAGGUCGGUGCUGAUUUACCAAAGAAAAUUCAACAACAAUUGAACAAUCUUAAAGAUAGAGUUGAAAAUAUGCAUUAAGUUAGGCUAAAGCAUUGAGAUUAAGAUUUUUUACAAAGAAAAAAAAAAUUAAAAAUAUGCAGGUUCAUAUUUAGAGUUGUAAGAGAAAAAAAAAGUCCUUUCUGAUUUAGUUGAUAAGAUCUGCUUUAAUUUGUAAUUUAUUUUAGAUUGUAAGAUAAUUAAGAAUAAAAAAUUGACACAAAAAAUUAAAAAGAAAAAAUUAAAAUGUUUUUUUAUAUUUUCAA